AUGAGAAAUGUAGGCUUGAAGGAUAAGCCUCGGUGUCCAUGUAUUGAUUGCUUGACCGACAAAAAACAUACGAUCCACAUUGUUAGGAUUCAUUUGAUUCGAAGAGGGAUAUCUCUUUCUUACAAGACCUGGGUGCACCAUGGGGAACUUGUUCCUGUGGUUGAACCUCUCAUACCGAAUGAACGUCACCAUGACAUAUAUAGUGAAAUUGUAGGGGAAGAUCAGGAUGACGGGGAUGAUUUGCCUACUAUGUUGGAAGAGGUUUGUAGGGGUUUUGCAAUGGAUGAUGAAGGGGAUGAAUUACCUGCUACUUUUGAGAGUGUGGAUGGGCGAAACUUUGAUAAGUUAUUUGAAGAUGCUCAACGUAAACUAUACCUGGAAUGCACAAGGUUCACUGUGUUGUCAUUUAUUAUUAAGAUGCUUCACAUUAAGGUGUACAACAAGUGGAGCAAUAAGUUAUUUGAUAUGGUUAUGAAAGUUUUCAAGGACACUCUACCUGAGUGUGAUGAGACUGUUCCAUGGACCAUAUAUGCUGCGAAAAGAUUCUUAUGUGACUUAGGUUUGGGCUACGUUCCCAUUCAUGCUUGUAGGUAUGAUUGUGUACUAUUUUGGAAGGAGCAUGCAAAUCUUGAUAAUUGCCCCAAGUGUGAAGAGCCUAGAUACAAGUUGGACAACGGAAAGGGUAAAAAGAUCCCUCACAAGAUAUUGAGGUACUUUCCAUUGACACCAAGAUUGAAGAGAUUGUAUAUGUCCAAGAAAACCGCUACAGAUAUGAGAUGGCACAAGGAGAAACAUGUGGAUGAUGGAAUCUUGAGGCAUCCAGCUAAUGCUGAGGCAUGGAAAGACUUUGAUCGGCAACAUCCUAUGUUCGCCAUGGAUCCACGAAAUGUAAGGCUAGGGCUCGCCAGCGAUGGUUUCAAUCCAUUCGAAAAUAUGAGCACAUCAUACAGUAUGCGGCCCGUUAUCCUAAUGCCUUACAACCUCCCACCAUGGAAGUGUAUGAAAGAGCCUUUCUCCAUAAUGCCAUUGCUUAUUCCUGGACGAUCGGCUCCUGGAAGAGAUAUCAAUGUUUACUUACGGCCAUUGAUUAAGGAGUUGAAGGAGUCAUGGGGGGAUGGGGUGCGAACUUAUGAUGCGAAAAACGAAGAGUCAUUUAGAAUACAUGCUGCACUAAUGUGGACCAUCAACGACUUCCCUGCAUAUGGUAACAUGUCCGGGUGGACUACUAAAGGUUAUUUGGCUUGUCCCACAUGUAAUGAGGACGCAUCAUCACAAAGGUUAACAAGUAAGAUAGGGUACAUGGGUGCUCGUCGUUACUUGCCCGAGAACCACAGAUGGCGAAGGAGCAAGUUGUUUAAUGGACAAAGUGAGGUUAGAUGCAGACCGUUGGAGUUAUCAGGGGAGCAAAUAUUAGAGCAAAUUCAAACUGGGACAUACAAGCCGUUUGGAAAACAUCCAAAUAACAGGAAAAGACAAAGGGACGAAAAUCCAGUGUUGAAUUGGGCAAAGAGAAGCAUUAUGUUUGAAUUGCCUUACUGGAAGACGCUUAAGUUUCGACACAACAUUGAUGUCAUGCACAUAGAGAAGAACAUUUGUGACAAUUUGAUGGGGACAUUAUUAAAUGUGGAUGGGAAGAACAAGGACAUAGAAAAAGCACGGAUUGAUUUAGCAAAUUUAAAAAUUCGGAAGGAGUUACACCUACAGAGUCAUGGUGAUGGGUCAUUUGUGAAGCCUCCAGCUGUGUACGCAUUAUCUACGAAAGAAACACAAGGCUUUGGUGCUUUUUUGAAAUCAAUAAAGUAUCCCGAUGGUUAUGAAGCAAACAUCUCCAAUUGCGUGAAUACUGACAGUGGCAAAAUCUCAGGCCUCAAAAGUCAUGAUUGUCAUGUGCUUGUACACCGACUACUUCCAGUUGGGAUGCGCAGGUAUCUUAACAAUGAAAUUGGUACGACUUUGUUUGAGUUAGGAAAUUUCUUCCAACAACAAUGUUCAAAGACGUUGAAGGUGACAGAUUUACAGAAGCUAGAGGAUCAAAUCAUACUUGUACUUUGCAAGCUUGAGAAGAUUUUUCCUCCAGCUUUCUUUGAUGUCAUGGUUCACUUGGUUGUUCAUUUGCCGCGCGAGGCAAUACUUGGAGGGCCAGUGCAACAUCGAUGGAUGUACCCAAUUGAAUGGCUACUUGGAAUGCUAAAAGGAUUUGUUGCCAAUAAAGCUCAUCCUGAAGGAUCAAUUGCGGAGGCGUACAUUUCCAAAGAGUGUACAACUUUAUGCUCGAUGUAUCUUGAUGGAUUUGAAACAGUGUUUAAUCGAGAAGAAAGGAAUGAUGACGGCGGUGAUCACGGCUUGGGGUUAGCCAUAUUCUCUCAAAAAGUUUAUCCAUUUGGUCUAAUCAGUAGGGCACCAGAUGUGCCUAUCCACGAACGAGAGAUGGCUUAG